AUGCAGAACCACAUUGUUAUCCCGCCUCAAUCCCCAUCUGCAAUCCCCAUUGUCGCUCCUUCCGAUGCUACCGUCAACAGCUCAACAACGUCGACUAUCAACAAGCCACCCUCAAAACCCGUAUCCAAAGGCAACACCAACGCAAAAAGGCUGUGUCGAAAUGUUAUCAUACAUGGCUUUUGUAAAUUUGAAGGAAAAGGGUGCGAGUUCAAUCAUGAAGCGAACAAACCAUCACCACCCCAGGAAAAGGCUGAAAUCAACGGCAAGGUGCGUCUUCCCCGCACAGGAUCAGGCGUCUUUUCAUCCAUGUCAGCAGAAAGCAUCAAUGCACCCGUUUUUGUACCUAAAUCGACACCUAUAACUGUAUCAGCAGCAACAACGGCACCUUCAUCGAUGACUGCAUCACCGUUGGCUAAUAAUGUCACCACCAAUAACGGCAACAGCAAUAAUACAGCAGCAGCAACAGCAACAACAACAUCCACAGCAGGGACUACGGGCACAUCAUCAAUCUCCAUGCAGCAAUCAGACAUGCACGAAUCAAAAAGCCGCAUCACAUCCACCGAUAGUCAGUCUUUUGGAUACACGCAAGACAUGUCAAAUAUGACGAAUAGCUUCUCCAAUUUUGGAUUAUCCAAUGAUGGAUCUACAUCGCCAGAGCAAGCACAAUCACCUACACAAAUGAUGGCAAGUAUGGGGAUGAUGCAACCUGAUCCCUAUUAUUAUAUGAAUGCACCCGUUUUUGCUCGUCAACCGUUACAAUAUCACCUCUACGCAUCUAAUGCUCCACCUGUUUCGAGGCUUCUUCCACACCACCGCACCAUCCAAUCAUUCUUCAUGCCCGAUAAUCUACGAGAAGAGCUUACACAACGAAACGAGACAACGCUCAUGUCGGCACCAGCUCAUGAUCUUGGCUUACCACAAGAAGUGCAUGUGUAUCAUUCCCUGUAUCCUCUUCAACAUUCACAAUUGGCAAUGCCAGGAGAAGUAAGCUCAUUCUUUGGAUAUCCCACAUCUGUGUACAAGGCUGUUUCUAGUGCAGAUGGACGCACUUAUGUAUUAUAUAGGAUUGAUGGAUUCCGGUUGUCCAAGGAGCGUGCUAUGAGUUUUGUGGAACAAUGGCGAAAGGUGCAGCAUUGCAACAUUAUAUCCAUCCACGAAGCAUUCACUACAAGAGCUUUUGGAGACGCAUCUCUCGUUUUUGUUUACGACUAUUUUCCUUGUGCACGAACAUUGCAUGAUGUGUACAUGACACCCCAAGGACAAAUGACAUUGCAAGGAGAGCUACGAACCAAAAAGAAUGGCAAGACAAUUGUCUCUGAGGAAACCAUAUGGAGCUAUAUCGUGCAGCUUGUAUCAGCCAUCAAAACAGCACAUGCCGCAGGAUUGGCUAUACGGAGCAUAGAUCCAAGCAAGAUCCUUGUUACAAGCAAGCAUAGGAUACGAGUCAAUUGUGUGGCAGCAUUGGAUGUGAUGGAUUAUGAGACCAAAGACAGCGUUUGCAGUGCUGAGAACCGUGAGCAGGAUUUCAUUGCGUUGGGCAAAUUGAUAUUGGCGCUCGCUUGCGGAUCACCCAUGGCACAUCAGCACCUUCCCGAAUGCAUAGAAACCAUAUCACAAGAUUAUUCUGAGGAUCUCAAGGAUGUCAUACUUUACCUUAUCACGUCAGAGGAAGAAGACAAGGAUGUUGACGAAUUGGUGGCAAUGAUUGCGCCGCAUGUAUUGGAUGAAAUUGAUCGUAGUCAAUCAUACAAUGACUCUUUUGAAAACGAAUUGAGUCGAGAAUUAGAGAAUGGUCGACUGGUACGACUUUUGAUAAAGAUGGGCUUCAUCAACGAACGACCAGAAUUUGACAUGGACCCUGGAUGGUCAGAGACCGGUGAUCGAUAUAUUAUCAAACUCUUUCGAGAUUAUGUAUUCCACCAAGUCGAUGAAAAUGGUACUCCUGUAAUUGACAUGGUACAUGUUUUGACAUGUUUAAACAAGCUUGAUGCUGGUUUAGAUGAAAAAAUGAUGCUCAUGUCACGAGACGAGCAAUCUUGUUUGAUAGUUAGUUACAAAGAAGUCAAGAAUUGUAUCAUAGCCGCAUUCAAAGACCUGACAUCAGGCAGGAAAUAA